GGAGUCCGGCUGUUGCUGCGCGCGGACACACAGACCGACAAGGACGCUCCAGAGCCGCGAGCUGGGGACGGCGGUUCCCGAGAUGCGCGCGAGCCCCCUUUGAUGUGCCGCUCCGUUAAACCUUUCAUUUCAACAUUCACCUCGAAGACUGUGUAACCCGGACAAGAACAUUUGGAGAAUAACUUUUUGAGACAAAUCUCAGAAUUACUGGAAUAACAAACACAACAACUACUGUGGGAAAAAAAGGAGUUCCCCUUCGUAAAUUAAGGAGCAGCGGAGGACGUUUCAUUUGGGAACAAUGUAAGAAAAUAGCUGUCGGUAAAUACAUUCGGGAUUUUCUGAACCUAUUUUACGCACUGGGAGCACAGUCGGAACUAAAGGACAUUCACAACUCCUCUCUGAGUUUUUCCUGCUUCUUUAUCCCAAUCAUUUUGCCCAGUAUAAGACGACAUUUCCGUUUAUAACAAUGCGUUUUGUGGACUUAUCCUAGGACUUAUCCCCAGGCUUUUUUUGGAAUUGGUGAAUGCCCCGUGAACGCACCGAUCUUUGACCACUGACAGUAUGCAUCAAAGGGACUGCUAACUUACCCUACUCAAGGUUCUUGUGAAUCUCGGGGUCGACUGAUGCAGCCAUGGGCCGAUCGCUGGAUCUUUGAGAGCAACCUUCCUCCCCCUCGUCCUCCACCACAUCCUUUUCCUCUACCCCCUGCUCCUCUUAUUCCUUUGCCCUACACAGCUGGAGGUAGAGUCCUCCGAAGCCAGAAACCAGCCAUCAACCUACGAUUCCUUCUCCUUGCCUCCAUCUGCAAACCAUGACAAGCAUUGUUUCUCGGAUUCCUGGCCAAUCGAGGUGGCCUCUCCCAGUGCUACUCUUGUAUUUUGCCCCUCUGCUGCUGAUGGAGGGUUGCCAUGCAGCCCCCUCGGGCCCAGAGUCGGACUCCUGCUCCACCUUAGUCCAAAGCCGCUUCUUUGGCUUUUUCCUGUCAUCAUCAGUGUUCCCCGCCAUUCCUUGUUCCUGGACCUUGCAGAACCCCGACCCGCGGCGCUACACCAUCUUCAUCAAGGUGACCAAACCUACCGAGGACUGCGUGCCAUCACAGCUCCGCACCUUCCAGUAUGACUCCUUCCUGGAGACCACACGCACCUACCUGGGCAUGGAGAGCUUUGACGAGGUGGUGAGGCUGUGUGAUACCUCUGCCCCAGUGGCCUUCCUGGAGGCCGGAAAGCAGUUCCUCCAAAUGAGGAAGGGACCUCCUCGGGCGGGGAUGGCCAUCACAGAUGGCGACGGGGAUUUCAAAACCGAGUUCCUGGUGGUGGGGAAGCGCAACCCCAGCAUGGCGGCCUGUCAGAUGCUGUGCCAGUGGCUGGAGGACUGUCUGGCCUCCAGCACGUCUAACAGGCCCUGCGGCAUCAUGCAGACUCCUUGUUUGUGCUGGGAGCCGCUGCCGCCGCAGCUCAGCGGGGGGGAGAGCUGUUAUCACAAUGGAGUUUACCUGGAAAACUGUUUACCCAGCGUGAAAGAGAGUAGAAGAAAUGCAGAGAUAAAUGGUGGCUGGAGUGUGUGGGGUCAGUGGGCACAGUGCAGCAGUGAGUGCGGAGGCGGGGUUCAAACCCGGACUCGGACCUGUCGGUCACCUCCGGAGGAGUCGUACCUGUGUGAGGGUGUGGUGGAGGAGGGCCGGCCUUGUAACUCACAGACCUGCACCGGCAAAGGUCGCCAUCUCUCUCGCAGCCAAUCGCUUCGCUCGGUGGACAGCCGCAAGCGUGAUGACGUAGACAAGCCCCGCAGCGGACAGCAGAGCCCUCAGACAGUAGACUCAGCUUCAGGUGAGGAGUGGUCAGCGUGGAGUGUGUGUUCUGCCACGUGUGGGGAGGGCUGGCAGAGUCGCACUCGUUUCUGUGUGUCCUCCUCCUACAGCACCCAGUGUAGUGGGCCACUGCGCGAGCAGAGACCUUGCAACAACUCUGCUAUUUGUCCAGUGCACGGCGCUUGGGACGAGUGGUCACCAUGGAGUUUGUGUUCAUCGACCUGUGGCCGAGGUUACAGGUCCAGAACGCGAACUUGCACCCCCCCACAGUUUGGGGGAGAUGCCUGUGAUGGCCCAGAGAAACAGACCAAAUUCUGCAACAUAGCUGUCUGUCCAGUGGACGGAGUGUGGAACGAGUGGUCCAACUGGAGCUCCUGUUCCGCCUCCUGCUCUAAUGGGACCAUGCAGAGAACCAGGGAGUGUAACGGCCCCUCAUACGGAGGCUCCGAGUGCAGGGGAGAAUGGCUGGAGACUGUUGACUGCUUCCUUGGGGAAUGCCCAGUGGAUGGCAAGUGGCAGCCGUGGUCUUUGUGGUCGGGCUGUUCCAAAACUUGUGGAGGGGGGAGCCAGCAGAGAAACAGGAUUUGUUAUGGGCCCUUUUUUGGAGGGAAGCCUUGUCCUGCGGAACGAGAAGAGGUCCGGCGCUGUAAUGAAAAGAAAUGCCCAGAACCUCAUGAAAUAUGUGGCGAGGACAACUUCUCCAAUGUUGUAUGGAAGAUGACUCCAGCUGGGGAUACAGCAGCAGUACGUUGCCCUCCCAACGCCAUGGGGCUUAUCCUUCGCCGCUGUACCCUGGACGAAGAGGGCAUCGCCUACUGGGAGAACCCCACCUAUAUGAAAUGCAUUUCCAAUGACUAUCGAAGUAUACAAACUUUGACUCGGGAACACUUGUCCAAAGCCCAGCGUGGCCUUGUGGGAGAUGGAGUUUCAGAGGUAAUGACCAAGCUGAGGGUGACAUCCAGCGAUGGGACCAGCUACAGUGGUGAUCUGCUGGCCAUGGUGGACGUGCUGAAGAACAUGACAGAGAUCUUCCGGAGGGCAUACUACAGUCCCAGCAGUGCAGACAUGAGGAACUUUGUGCAGUCAGUCAGCAAUCUGUUGAUGGAGGAGAACAGGGAGAGAUGGGAGGAAGCACAACUGCUGGGGCCAAACAUCAAGGAGCUGUUCCGUCUGGUGGAGGACUUUGUGGAUGUUAUUGGCCUGAGGAUGAAAGACUUCCAAGACAUGUAUGAAGUCACCGAUAACCUAGUUUUGAGCGUCCAUAAGCGUCCAGUGGCGGGUCAUGCGGACAUCGGCUUCCCUAUGAAGGGCUGGAGGGGCAUGGCGGACUGGGCCCGCAGCUCUGAGGACAGAGUCACCAUCCCCAAGAACAUCCUGUCUACUGGAAAGCCAGAUGCAGACGAGUCCUCAACGUUUGUGACCGGCAUCGUUUUGUACAGAAACCUGGGCAGCAUUCUGAAUCUGCAGAGAAACAGCACAGUCCUCAACUCCAAGGUUUUGUCAGUGACCAUCAAGCCCACCCCUGCUUCCCUCUCUGCUCCAGUUGUAGUUGAGUUCUCCCACCUGUACAACGGCACCACCAACCAGACCUGUAUAUCCUGGGACGAGAGCGACAGCUCCUCUCUGCUGGGAUCCUGGUCUGCCAGGGGCUGCAAAGCCGUGCUAGUCGACUCAUUCCGAACCAAAUGCGUGUGUGACAGACUGUCCACCUUCGCCAUUUUAGCACGGCUCAAUCCCGAAAUGAACAUGGAUAAGACACAGCUCCCAUCCGUGACGCUGAUCGUGGGCUGUGGAGUGUCUUCACUGACAUUGUUGCUGCUCAUCAUCAUCUAUGUGUCUGUCUGGAGGUACAUUCGGUCUGAGCGCUCAGUCAUCCUCAUUAACUUCUGCCUCUCCAUCAUCUCCUCCAAUGCCCUUAUUCUCAUUGGACAGACGCAGACACGGAAUAAGGUCUUUUGCACCCUAAUUGCUGCAUUUCUUCAUUUCUUCUUCCUGUCCUCGUUCUGCUGGGUUCUGACAGAGGCGUGGCAGUCCUACAUGGCAGUGACGGGCCGCCUCAGGAAUCGCAUCAUACGCAAGCGUUUCCUGUGUCUCGGCUGGGGUCUCCCUGCACUGGUAGUUGCAAUCUCAGUGGGAUUCACCAAGGCAAAGGGAUAUGGAACACCAAGCUAUUGCUGGCUGUCUCUGGAAGGAGGUCUUCUCUAUGCAUUUGUUGGACCUGCUGCAGCUGUUGUCUUGGUUAACAUGGUUAUUGGGAUUCUCGUUUUUAACAAACUGGUGUCCAAAGACGGCAUUACUGAUAUGAAACUAAAGGAGAGGGCGGGGGCUCUCCAAUCAGGAACACAUCAGUCUCAGAAGCCCCCUUCCAUGUCAUCAGUGAUUGGUCAGAUGACAGUGCCACUGUACAAUAUGACGCUCAAAUGUGCCAAGUGCGGAGUUAUCUCUUCGGCUGACGUUUCCACCACAGCUACCAGUAACGCCAUGGCAUCACUGUGGAGCUCCUGUGUGGUUUUGCCCCUUCUGGCCCUCACAUGGAUGUCAGCUGUCCUCGCCAUCACAGACCGGCGUUCUGCGCUCUUCCAGAUCCUCUUUGCUGUAUUUGAUUCCCUGGAAGGCUUCGUUAUUGUCAUGGUACACUGCAUCCUGCGCAGAGAGGUUCAGGAGGCAGUGAAGUGCCGUGUGGUUGACCGCCAGGAGGACGCUAAUGGAGAUUCAGGAGGAUCUUUCCAGAAUGGCCAUGCUCAGCUCAUGACUGACUUUGAGAAAGACGUGGAUAUGGCUUGCAGAUCAGGCACUAUGAAGCGCUCAUCUCUCCAGGGGGAGGAGAAGGCCUCCGCUGGGACCCUCACUCUUCAGAAGGGUUCCAACUUCAACACCAUGCCGGCCAGCAUGGCCAAGGUUCACCUGCAAAACGUGGCAGACUACACCAGCCACACUCUGACCCUGCGCAGGGAGAAGGGUCCCUCCAAGGGAAUCAGCACAGAGCUGCCAGGCGCCAAAUCCAUCUACAUCUGCGACGGCGAGCUUUUCAAGCAGCUGGACGGAGAGCUGCCUCGAGGAAACGGCGAGGGGAGCAGCUCCGAGGGCCCAGGCAAAGGCCCGGGGUACGUCAUCCUGCCGAGCAACAAUACGGGCACCCUGAAGCUGGCCAAGGGGAAAGAGGAGCAGGCAGCCAAGUACAACAUGGGCAUUGAGCAGCUGCCUCAGACCAGGCUCAUUCACCUGGCUAACCCUGCCAGCGGAGAGCCGAUGCCUGGCUUUGGGCUGAAGAGCCUUCCCGCCGACCAGAUCAGUGUGUCGUGCUCUGACAGAGACUCACCUGUACACAAUCUGCAGAAUAUGCCCAGAGACUCCCACGCGGCCAACAACAUGUGCGACGGGGGAGAUUCCGGAAACUCUGGUGUGAUGUCCAAGAGUGAGACCGUCUCCACGCUUUCCAUGAGCUCACUGGAGAGACGAAAAUCACGCUAUGCAGAGCUUGACUUUGAGAAGAUUAUGCACACCCGGAAACGCCACCAGGACAUGUUUCAGGACCUGAACAGGAAGAUUCACAGUGCAGACAAGGAUAGAGAAUCCCCACCUGUUGACGCCAAAGCUGCCAAAAGAUGGAGUGUGUCCUCUGCCAGCAGCGACAAGACCAACAUGAGUGACAAGCAGCAGACCCCGAGUAAGAGGGUGUGGGAGGGCAUCAGGAAGACCCACUCCCCCCCAUCCUGGGUGAGGAAGGACCUGGAGACAGUGGCGGCCUCCCCUCUGGAGCUGCAGACGGUGGAGUGGGAGAAGACCAGCGCCACCAUCCCUCUAGUGGGCCAGGAGAUCAUGGACCUUCAGACGGAGGUGUGACCAAGAUUCCGGGCCUCACACCCACAACUUCCUUUUCUUCCCCGAAGAUCUCAAACAAACAAGCAGACACACCACAACACACUGCCCUGCUCUGUAUUUCUACUCAAAGGCUGGACCAAGCCCGGUGCGAGAACGUGAGGGGGAAGGAGCGCGAGGCGGAGAGAGAGAGAAGUGUCACAAUGUCCAAAAAUUCAUUAAACUGAUAAAAAGAGAGAACGGGAAAAUAGCAUCUCUUUCUAUGUUGUUUCAUUUUAACGUUUGGACGGUGUUUUUGUCUGCAAAUACUGGUCAUCUUCUUGUAUAUGGUCUCAGAUACCACAGUGGCUCACAUGGUAGACAGACUCAGCUACUAUAUGUGCAUUAUAUAGCCGUGUUAUGAACCACAAAGCAAAAGGUAACCAUGCUAUGUUUACCCCUGUAUUAAAUGAGUACAAUGUGAUUAUCCUGAUUAUGUCUUGUUUUGUUUCACUGUUGAGAGAAUCGUUGCAUCACUGUUCUGCUCUCUCUCUCUCUCGUGAUGAACGCUGUUGUAUGCGGCUCGAGAUCCCCUCCAGACUUAUUUUUCUUUUCAACAUCAAUCUCAAAAGAGAACGGACGAGGCAGACUGCCAAACACACACCACAUGUAACCCUCGAUGCAGUGUCCCCCCACCCCAACCACCCCCACCCCCCCCAAUCCUACGACUCAACAUAAUCCUUUUGGCUCCACCACUUUAUCCCCCGUGAUCCUUACGGGGCGAGGUCGGCCCUGCAGUGACAAGCGAAGCACCGAGGGGCUUAAAAAAAAAAAAAAAAAAAUCAAAGAUGUUUUCCCUCAGCCAAAAUGGCAAGUUGCCUUCAUAUCGACCGGACACCUCAGAGACGUCCAGAGAGCGUGCCGGCGGGCUUUUCGCGCUCUUCCUCAACGCCGCCGCCCCACAGAGCCGGCAACACGGACGGCGUCAGUGCGUCCAGAAGGAGCCACGUUCAACAAAACACGUGCUGUUUGAGUCCGUUUCUCCGUGUAAAAGCAGGCUUGAUACAGCAAAUGCAAAAUAUGAUGUGGUGUUUUCAAAGACGCGAAGGAAAAAGGGACUUGUGUGUGUAUGUGUGUGUCGAGAUGUGUAAGAUGAGUAAAUUACUACUAAAUCUAUAUAUAUAUAUAUGGUAAGACGGUUAAAGGUGAGGACAUAUAAAGGGAUAGUGAGGGAUGGUGGUUGCACACAGAGAAAGCACAAGGCUCAUUUGGAGUCCUGAUGUACAGCAUUGUAAUUAUUACAACAGAGUUCUACAGAAUGGAUUUUAGCCUAUGAAUAUCUUUCUUACUGUGCUUGGGGAUAGUUGUUAUCAUUAUUAUAAAUAUGAACAUGAUUAUUCUGAUACUGAUCCUCCCUGAUUCCCUCCUCGUCCCUUCAGGGUACUGGACUAUACGAGUGUUCUGUAUCGCAAUGUAACAAUGUGUGUUUUGAUAUUACCGCCAGUCACUCCCUCAGAUCUGUAUUUGUCGAAAAA